AUGGUAACUGACGAAUUAACUGUUGCUCUGGAGAAUUUUUUUAUUCUCUUUUCAAUUGUUCGAUUUAAUUGAUUUCGUUAUUUCAUUUCAUUUCUGUUAAUUGUUUUUAGUGUUUUCUUUUAUUUCGAGGUUAAUCGCUUUUGACUUUUCCGUUGGGCCGAUUUUCUUACUUUUUUUUCAACAACUAUGAGUUCAACAUCAUUAAAACGUCAUGUAAAUGAGUCCGAGGUUUUGGCUAAACGAGCUAGAGUUGCCAGUUUAAUGGAUCUCAACCUUUCUACUUGUGUUAAAAUCAAAAUCAUGUUAAAAGAACUCGAGAAAAAUGUUGAAAGUAAAAAUGAUACCAAUGAUGUUGGUUUCUAUACCAGGAUUUUUGAAGAUUUAUCUCGUGUUGUGAAAGAGCUUGGUGUUAUUUCCCAGUUCAUUAUAUUCUUGUUAUAUUGGAUAAACAUUCCAAUGCCAAGCGGAAAAAUCUUCUUGGUAAACAUCUUAACCGCCAGGAAAUCAGAAAUAAGUGCCAAAAAAAGGUCCAAACUGCCAUAAAAAAUGCCGCCAUUUUCUUACAAGAAAGAGCUGAAGAAAAGCAGGACUUGAAAGAUACCUUCAAUGCUCGACUGGCUGAAUACGUCGCUUAUGAGAGUAAAUUUUUGAAAGAUACUGCCGUCUUAGAAGCCAAAAAAGAAUUGCUAAAGACCGAACCAGAUGAACAAAGUGAUUUGAAUCUCAUACAAGAUCCGGAAAAAUCUAAAGAAAUCUUAAACGCCAUCUCCUUACAAUCCAGUCUCAUGGAUGAAUUAAUCGCAGCUAGAGAGAAAAAGAAUCAAGAAACCUUCAGUGCAUUUGAUUACUACAUGAAACUCAAAUUCAUGAUUGACGAUGCUGACUUAGCCUGUGAGAAUUUGGAUGGACCUAUUGACGAAGCAGCAGCGGAGCUAAAAGCUGUAUCUGAAGAUUUAAGUCAAAUCGAACAUCAAGAAGAUAUGGCGAAAAUAGAAUUCGAGACCAGAGAAAAUGCAUAUCAUGCAGAGAUGAAGCGGUUAAAUGAUUUGGACGAAUAUCUAAGUGAAAAUAUCCAGAGAGCUGAUUUCGAUGAUAAACAAGCCAGAGAAACAAUCGAACAACUAAAAGUAUCCAAUGUUGAGGCUGGAAUAAAAAUCUCCAUGUUGGAAGCUCAACGAAAUUUCGAUAAAGAAUCUCUAAAAGACGCUGACUCUGACUCUGAUUCGGAAUUAGAAGAACUAGACGAUGAAAUAGCCGAAAUACGCGCACAAAUUGCCGCAUUGUCAGCAGCCUAAAAUUCUUUCCAUAUCAAGGCAAGACGCAAAAUUAUUCUUUCACUUUUCUCAUCAUAUUAUUCAAACAAUUCAAACUCAAAUUAUUAAUCAUGUUCCAAAAUACAGUAGUGUACCCACUUGUGUUGUACUUCAAAUUAUCCCGAUAUCCAUCGAAAAUCUUAUCGAAAAUCGAUUAAAAUGAAUCAGCUCAUUUGAAUUGGCGCUUUUCUAAUGUUCCUGUUUCCUUGGCAACAA